ACUAUACAGUAUUAGUGGCUCACGUCAUCGUCGAAAAGAUUUCUGUACAAAAAGCGAGUAUACUCAUACGACUCAUAAUCUCGCCGCUCGCGAACCGCCGUCCGUCGGCGUCGUUCGCACUUCGCAGUCCACGCCUGGCGCCAGUUGCGGACGGCCGCGUGCGUGAGCAUCGCGGUAUACGAACUCGAGAGUUUUUACCAACGUGUCAAUAUUGUUGUUUUUUUUUCAGCGAACGAUGCGGCGGUAUAUUGUGCUGUGCAUAGGAACUGCACGCAGUGUAUGUACAUAGAAAUUGUUGACGAAACACUAUACUACGCUAUAUCUUAUAGCGAGCUGGGAUUUCCAGUUUUUUUCUGGGAAUACCAUCGUACGCGGUUCCCCCAUACAUAUAUACAAACACAUUGCACAGUGACGGAUAUCAGUUGUAGGCCGGUGUGUACAAACAUACAUACAGCGAGAGAACGGCUGACGUUUAUUUUUAAGAGAUGGACCCCAACAAAAUGCCGGGUGGCUCGAAUCGUCACUAUGCUGGGAAAGAAGACGCUCCUCCGUCGUACAGCGAAGCCAUGCAAGGUCAACCCAGUCCGCACAUUAGUUAUACACCGGCACCAUCGGCGCCGACUCUGGAGUCGAGCAUCAGUACAAACGUCUACCCCAAAAACGAACCACCGCAUUUUCCGCAAACAGACACAUCGCACAGCUUGGCGGUAAACUACCUGGACGCUCAGAAAUGGGACAACAGAGCAGCGAGGAUGUUAGUGAUGAAUCGGUUGCAAAUGCAAGAAAAGUUCGACAAUGCGAAAACAGAGGCGGAAAGAGAGGUGCUGUGGAACAUGCUGCUGAAUCAACUCCUCGGCUAUGGAUACAAUUUCAGCGUGAUCGAUCUUAUAAACUUCUGGGAGUUCCAAUUUGAAAUUUACAAGAGCAUAGUGAAGAAUCUGCAGAGCGGUGCGUCGUCCGGUACCGAAUGGGAGUUCUUUGAACCGAUGAACAGAGUGUUUGCACACUACGACGUGUCCGGUUCAGCAGACGCAGUACCGUCUUCCUCGACGUCGAUACUUUCGAAUACUCCGAUUCCAGUUAUAGUUCCCAUACCGAUGCCGCUACCGGCUACGGGACCAAACCAGUUCCUAGGAUAUUCCGAAGUACCGCAGUCGAUAACACAAUCUAAUUCAGAAGUACCUUCUGCACCUUUGCUCGCGGCUUCCACAGAUCAGACCACUUACUCAAUGUCGCCUGCGGCGAAUGCGGCAAACCAAAUACCUCAGAUGAAUCCGUCGUUAUCUGCCGAUAGCUUAUCUUCGACGAAUCUCAACAAGGAGGACCAACAACCCAUAACGACGCAGCCGGAAAGCUCAUUCAUACCAAAAUUCAUCGAAGAAAAUGAUGCCGAACCCGUGGUCACGACGCAGCCCACCUUCAUGCAGACGAUGCCGCCGGAAACUACGACCCCCAAUAAUCGUAGAAACAACGACGGCUGUUGCAGCGGUGAUCCUGACUGCUAUCCGAUCUUCUGCUUCAGCUGCCACGACGACUAUCACUAUCACCACAGUUACACCAACGACAGCUGCUGCGAUGAGGGAGGCUGUUGCGAUUGCAGCGGAGGCGGCGGUUGUUGCGAUGGCGGAGGCGGCUGUUGUGACGGGACGGACGAUACCGGUUGCUGCGACGGUGCUGAUGGCGAUGGUUGCGGCGAUUUAGACUGCGGUGGAUGCGAUGGAUGUUAAAAUAGGGAGGCUUCGCGAUGUUUACUUAAUGUAAUAUGUACAAGACAUAUAGAGUAUAUAUUUUUUAUAUACUUUGAAUUUUUAUGUUAUCACCAUUUUUAACGAAUCUACAAAGUUGAUCAUUCAGCUUUAUUUUUGUAUUUAAUCCAUUAUCAUCAGAUAAGAAUAAUUAUUUUUAAAAGAAUGACUUUAAACAAAUGAUUGAGUCAACUUCUGUUUUUAUGAGGUUGACUCCUUUUAAGAAAAAUCAACGAAAAAAUCAUUUACGAUGACAAACCAGAUGUUACCGAUCGUUUUCUCAUAUUGGGAAAAUGUGACGUGUACAUACAUAAUAUAAAGCAAUAUAAAUUGUUAUUAAGAAAACUUUAUAGUGUUAGUUAUUUUGUAGAGCUUUAUGAAUAAAUAAUAUUUUCUAUACAUUGCUAAA